GCAUCUAGAAAUGAUCAUUAAGAUCCUGAACACACACUGACUUUUUGUAGAAAUAAGGAAAAAUCUUUUGAUAAUAAAAAAACCUGAAUUCGAAUGAGAUUAUUUAGAGCGUGUUAUCGAUAACUACAUCAACACUCCAAGGAUUAAUAAUAAAAUAGCCAGAGGAAAUAGUUUCACUCAAUUGAAUUUCAUUAUCUGUAUUUGCGGAAAGCCCCAACUGAACUGCAUUUCUACCGGAUUUUAAAGUGUUUUUCAAACCAGUGUUUUGAGAAGAUAUAUGGGAUUUGAGUGUUAAAGACGAAAUGAUUUUAAGAGUGGUGGUUUUUCUAUUUACGGGAUGGAUAUGCGGAGUGAACGGAAACCAGUAUAUAUAUGUCAACGAAAGUAAAACAUGGAAGGAUGCAAGGGGGUAUUGCAAACAGAAAGGCUUUGAGUUGUCUACCCUGAAUGGACAAGAAAUACAUAUAUGUAACCUUACCGAGGUUACGGAGCUUUGGACAAACAAUUAUAUUUAUACUACGCCAUAUUUAUCUCUAUUAGGAUGUUAUGAGAAACCAGAUGAAAUGCAGUUCCCGUCACUUCAGAAAGCCUCUGUAGUAGAAUGUCAGAUCUUGUGUAGUGAAUAUAAAAAAUUUGCGAUACGGGGCAAUUCAUGCACAUGCAUACAACCUGACUCCGAUCAAGGCGCUUUGCAAAAUGCAGAGCAGUGUAAUUAUACUUGUGAUGGAGAAGCUUUAUGCGGUGGUGACAAUGCAAUCAGUAUAUAUGAAAAAGAUGCCAGUAUCUCCAAUCGUCUAACUGAACAGCCGUUGUUUCCACCCAACAACUCUUGGUGUCUGGGUUACCAGUGUUUAGAUGGUGACGUUAAAUUCGAGGAGAAAGAUUGCAAAAACCAAGACUAUGCUAAUAAUAAUGACUUUUUUUCGUGUUCUUUUGAACCUAACACCGACUGUUUCCUAUGGCAUGCAAAAGACAACAAUUUAACAUGGUCCAUCCAAAAUAGUCCUCCACAAAACGAUCCAAAGCUUAAUUAUAAUGCAUCGUACUAUGCUUAUGUAAAUGGAUCUGGUGCAGCUUCAGGACAAACGACAGUGUUGAUUUCCAGGAUGAAAUUCAAAGCUGCCGACUGGUGUCUUCGUUUCCGUUACUUCGCCGUAACGCCUGUAUCGAUGGAUGUCAUUAUAUGGGAUUUGAUAGCUGAUAAAAACCAGAGUUUGGUAAAAAUAAGGAAUUCAACGUACAACAGCAACACAAAAACAAUAUGGCAUUUAGUCGAGUGGAAUAUCAACAUGACUAAUGAUUUUAAGCUUUUGCUUAAAUUUGAAACGGGCGAAAAUGAGACAGAAAUUUCAAUAGAUGACAUCACAAUGAUUGCAGACUCCUGCAACAAAACAGUGUCAACUUUGUUGAACAAAGGGAAUGGACUUCAGUGUACUUUUGGUGGAGACUUUGAUGUAUGUUUUAGACAGAGUGAAUCAAAUAAAGACACCAACUGGAGGCUUUCAAACAAUCAACGGUGGCUUCCUUCGGAAGUAGAGGGAAAAGAAGCCGGUUUAAUAUCCAAGUUUGAAUUAUAUGAUAUAACUGUUAACAUAACAAUGAGAUUUUCAAGUGAAAACAAUUUGGAAUUGUAUAGCAAAGACGAAGAAGGAGACAAGAAAACUAUCAUUAAAAAUGUUGAUACCGUAGGAAAAUUGGUGACCAUUUCUAAUACGACAUAUGUCAAUGCAAGAUCAAAUCUUUUUAUUGAUGGGGAUGGGAAUACUAGCGAACGAAAUAAUGAAAUAAGGAUAGCUUUCAUCAAAAUCAAGGUUAUUAGUAAUUCCUACACCCAGGGUGAACGAUCAUUUCAAAUCCCUGAUCCAUACGCCAUGACAAUAUCUGACGUCACAAACUUGCGGUGUAUAGACGGUGGAGGGAUAAAGAUGAUUAACGCUAUAAAACUAUCCGGAAAACUUCUGACUAAAAAUGGAAUUCCAAGUGCUGUUCAAAUAUACAGGAUGAAUAACAGCUACUGGGAGACGUUUGACACGAAUACAUUGCGAACAUUUGUUUGUGAACAAGAUAUUGAGUCAAACAAUAGUUGUAAAAUACUGGCUGAUUUUGAACUACCAAGAGAAGAGGUUCAAAAUACAAAUGUAGAAUGGAUAGCUGCAGUCCUCGCAGGCGUGUUGGGUUUAAUAAUAUUCUGCAUAGCUAGCAUCAUUUUUUACAAACGAAGAAUAUAUUGUACCAAUAAGCAAAAUAUAAAAGAUCCUUCUACGGGUGAGCCAAAUUCGAUUAAAUUGACAUAUGAAAAAGUGGAGGGAACGAAAAAUGACAAUGUGGAAGAAGAUUACGACCACCUUCGUCAAAGUCAACCCAAUGCCUGUGAAUCGUCGUCAGAGAACGUGUAUAGUCACACGACGGACAACCAGUACGGACUACUCCCAGUCAUCACUGAUGAUACGUACGACCAUACUGUAGGAAAGGAAGGGGAGUAUGGGACUACUCAAGUUUGUCAGGACAAUGAAAAUACCUACGACCACACAUGAAUACCUGCAGUGGAAGGUGCUGCUAAUUCACAACAAGAUGCACUGUGAAUACGAUUUCAAAGGAGACAGCCAGUUUUUGAACUCAAGGUGUUUUUAACAAAAUUGCAUAUAAUUACAAGCAAAACAUGAAAAGAAUACACUGAACAUCAAUAUUAUCAAGCCCAAUUCAAGUUCUUCCAAUAUCUUGUCAAAAGUAAAUGAAAAUCAUCUAACAUUUUUCAUAUUCUUGCUUUAUGAAAAAAAGAUCGUUUCUAUUAUCUUUUAUAAACAGGUAUUAGCAGUUUAUUCAUGUAAAGGAAAGAAAACCACAAUACACCAUUUUCUGUUAUCCAUAUUUUGUACAAAAUAAACAAAGGAAAUGAUGCUUGAUAGUAU